AUGGCGACAGGUGGUACUGAAGAAGUUGCGCAGCGCGCCCGUCGUAUCAUGGACAUAACUGAAGAACCACUCGAAAAACUCGAUCCGAUCGUUGGCUAUGUAGAUACACCAAACAUAUCACUUGAAAAUGCUGUUGAAUCACUAGUGCCUUUCCUGCCCGCCGUUCUAAAAUGUGCAAGAUCUGCUAAAAAACAAUGUAAAAAACCACCAGCCGAUGGAUUGACAAUUGAUGAAUCUGCUUCGAUUAUGCUGUAUUCGAUGAGUUGGAAACCAGACGACGAAUGUCUGUAUAUUGCUUUAAACGCCACACUUCGAUCAGAAAAAAGAGACAAACUCGAGCCAUGGUUUCCUUACCUAAAUCUUUUUCUUACUGCACUUGAACGUCUUUCAUCUAAACGUCGAACUAUAUAUCGAGGAGUCAAAUUAGAUUUGCAUGAGAAGUAUUCAAAAGGCAAGAUAAUAGAUUGGUGGGCAUUUUCUUCUUGUACAACCUCAAUCGGUGUCUUGCAAGCGGAACUUUUCCUGGGAAAAACCGGUGAAAGGACAAUGUUUACUAUUGAAUGUGAUUCAGGCAAAGACAUUCGAAAACAUUCCUUACUUCCAGCAGAAGAUGAAGUACUACUUCCAGCUGCUACUCGCUUCAAAGUUGUUGACUGCCUCGAUCAUGGUCAUGGUCUACAUAUGAUUCAGCUCGAAGAAAUCAAGCCACCUCAACCUCUCUUACAACUACUGUUUGUUCCAAGUUCAACCAAUUCUUCAAUUGGUAAGAGAAAGAUAAUACCCUUUGAGUUCUAUAUGUUUCAUUGA